UCUUUACACAUUUUUAAAAAUUUUCAGUUGUAUAGUACAAUGACUUCUUCUAAAUUUAUUUUUGUUACUCGCGAUAACAACGAAAUUCAAAUUCCACCACAAUUUUGCGAUAAAAUUGCUUUUAUUAAAAAUUUUGUUGAUACUUAUGAAAAUGUUAAAAAAAUUCAAAUUCCAUUAAAUGCACCAAAAACGGGGAAAGAACAAUUGGAAAUAAUUAUCAAAUUUUUGGAGGCUUUGGAAGCUAAUAAGGCUUUUGAUGAGGAAUUUGAUAAGAGCAAUCAACCAGGAGAUGAAACGAACACCCGAGCUCGAUCAAAUUCUCUGUCAAACAAUUUAUGGAUAAAGAAUUUCUUCGACAAAUAUCAACGUUCUCAGCUUUUUGAAGCAAUCGAAUCUGCAAAUUUUUUGGGAGUUGUUGACUUUGUUGAUCCUCUAGCUGAAUAUAUUGCUCAAAAAAUUACACAAAUAAAAAGUACUAAUGAAAUGACCGAAUUUUUGGGAUAUCCAAUGGAAGAAGAAAUGAAGGAAUUAUUUGAAAAAUUUGAGAAGGAAAAUGAAAAAGCUCAUCAACAACAAAAAGAAAAGGAAGAGAAAGAAGCUUUGAAAAUGAAAGAGGAAGAAGAGAAACGAUUAAAAGCUGAAGAAGCUUGGUCUGAAGCUUUAAAUGAGCCUGAUGCUAAAAAUGAUGAUGACGAUGAUAUUGGUUUGCCUUAAAAAUUGAGAAAAAAAGAUUUGUUUUUUUGUUAAGGUUUGUGGAAAAAUAUAUUUAUUUAAAAAAAAUCCCAGAGAUUUAACUACAUAUAAUAGUUGUUGUUAUAGUAAUUUAUUGAAAAAUUUUUGCUUUGAAUUAUUUUAAGAAAAAUCAAUUAUGGUCCGAAUCUCGGGGAUGUUACUGGUUGAAAAAAAGACGGAAUGGGUUUCCUCAAAAAUUUUCUAAAGGUUUCGGGUCCAACAAUAUCUUUUUUGGUGUUCAAAAAAUGAAUUGGAGAACCAAAAGAAAAAAAACUUGACCCCUUUG